ACUGGCUGCGGCAGGAUCGGUUUGGGAGCCAUGGGCCGUCGGCUCAUCCGCGGUGUCUCUGGAGCCGCAGUCUUCCUUGCCAGCGUGGCUCUCCUCUCCAUGCGGCACCGUGGGGCUCGGGAAGCAGCUCAGUACCCAGGGACCGGGGAGGGGAUGUUGGAGAAGCCAGAGCAACAGAGCGAAGGGAGCCCAGAGGGAGCUGGUGGCAGGGGGCAGAAGGACCUCAGACUCCAUCCUCCGGCGGUAUACAGGACUGAGGGAAGCCUGACACUUGGGGACAUUUUCAUAGCUGUGAAGACAACCAAGAGGUUUCACCAGAGCAGGAUGGAGCUGCUCCUGGACACGUGGAUAUCCCAGGCCAGUGAACAGACCUACAUCUUCACUGAUGAAGAAGACGGUGCCUUGAAAAGGAGAAUGGGUGGCCAUGUGAUCUUCACCAACUGCUCUGCCGAGCACAGCCACCUGGCCCUGUCCUGCAAGAUGGCUGCAGAGUUCAACGCCUUCCUGGCCAGUGGCCUGAGCUGGUUUUGCCACUUGGAUGAUGACAACUACCUGAACCCUCGGGCGCUCCUGAAGCUCUUGUCCUCCUUCGCGGAGACAUGGGAUGUUUACCUGGGCAAACCCAGCCUGAACAGACCCAUCCGGGCCUCUGAAAUGCUGCCAAACAACCAGACGAAAUCCGUGCGCUUCUGGUUUGCCACGGGAGGCGCCGGGUUCUGCAUCAGCCGCAAGCUGGCGAGGAAGAUGGUGCCCUGGGCCAGUGGCAGGAACUUCCUGAGCACUUCCGAGCUCAUCCGCCUGCCGGAUGACUGCACCGUGGGUUACAUCAUCGAGUGCAAAGUUGGUGGGCAGCUGAUUCCCAAUGCACUCUUCCACUCCCACCUGGAGAACCUGCAGCUCAUCCCCACCUCUCAGCUCCUGCAGCAGGUCACCCUCAGCUAUGGUGUGUUUGAGAACAAACUCAAUGUCAUUGAGCUGAGCGGCCCCUUCUCACCCCAGGAGGAUCCCUCAAGCAGGUUUCGAUCCCUCCACUGCCACCUCUAUCCCAACACCUCCUGGUGCCUGCAGGCUGUUGGCUGGUGAUGCCUGAGCCUCAGCUGCAGCGAUCCAGGUGACACCUGUUCACCUGUAGGGAGUGGAACACUGAAGAAGCUUGGUGCUCCCAAUUUCACCUUCACCCUGGUGGUCUUGGCGCUCUGCGAUGGCUUUCUUGGUCCUCGCUCAGUUCUGGUGACACAGGACAAGAGACAAGGUCUGAUCCAAAGAUGGAUAAGAUGAAUGAAUGAGCUUCUCAUCUGAGCUGGGAUAUGUGCAAGGGAUGGGAGCAGUACGCCUUCUGAGCAGAUCAAGGAUCGGAUAGUGACUGCUGGGCAUUUGGGUAGAGAUGAGGACUUGCUGCUGCUGCUCUGUGCCCUGGCUGCAUCUUGCUGGACUAGAAAGGCCCUGUGUGUGCAUGUCUGAUGCCCCGCUCCUGGUAGGUGGCAGCAUGUCAUGGCUCCAGGCUCUCUGAGGAGGGCCUCUUCCUCCACAUCGGUGCUUUCCCGGCUGCCCACACUUUGCAGCCACAGACCUGCUGAGUCUCUGCAUAGUCAAAGUCUAUAGAAAUGGAAAAUAUGACCAUUUUUGGGCUGAAUGAAUCCUGGAAAAGCAUAGUCCUUGCUCAACAGGGGAGAGAUGGGCAGGAAGUACAAAGAAUUAGGAAUCCCCUGCUCUGCUGGGACAAAAGAGAGAGCAUGGAGUAAGGGAGCCAUGGGGAAACUGAGUGAGAUGGGGAUGGUUUCCGCAUUGAAUGUUGAAGGUCUGAUCUUGUAUGGUGCUGCAUUAUUCCUCUCCUUUUACCUUCUUGAUGUGGGGUCAGGAUAAUCUCUUGCUCUAAUUACCAACCUGUCGUCUCAGAUUAGAGUCCAGCUCCUGUCUGUGAGAAGAGACAUAAAGGAUUAGAGCUGGCUGAAAGAGAGGAGGAAGGAAGAGAUGGAGAAGGAGCGCUCAGGAGCGGAUUAGAGGUUACAGCUUUAUAAUCUUUUCUGUCCCCCAACCAAAAAAAUUAAGUCAUGAAGGAAUGGAAACAGCAAGGCAAAGAGCUUUUUAUCUUUGUGGGGCUUCCCUCUAGAUGCCAAUAGCAGCUUUCUGCCUUCCUGCUCUCCCUGCAGAGCGUAACAGGGGGAAGGAGUGGACCCAGAGAGGUUACAGGCUUUCUGGCAUGUUUGUGAAGGGUCCUUUUCUCAAUACAGUGCCCAGUGUGAAAGCUGGGCAAUGGUCCUUGCUGGGAAAUGAACUUUGGCAUCAUUUUGUCCUUAUACACACAGUUAAGUGGCUGGGGGAGGGUUUUGCAGGGAAACCUGGAAGGCAGAGAGGCUGCUUUAAAUGGCAGGUGGUGCCACAAACAGGUAUUUUUCUUUAAAGAGUAUUUCAAAACAGACUGCUGGGAUCUGUGAGAGAUCCUGUAAUCUCCAGAUGAAAGAACAAAUGCCCUUUCUCUAAAGAGCUGCUCAGCUUUGAUGCUGCUGAUGUGACUAAGCCUGCUGCUGGUGGGCUGGAAGAGCCAAAGGCGACUGUCACUAUGGCUUUGCCGUUUUGAAAACUGGCCACUUUGUCACCUCCUACAACCCCCAAGCACCAGCAUCUCCUACACAGUGCGCACAAAGUUUAAAGGAAAGACGUCAGAAGGACCUUCCACCUCUGCGAAGGGGGAUCUAGAAGGAACGAGCACUUUAAUUUCUGGAAAAAAAUGGAAGGCAGGAGCCUGCAGAGCUGUUUUCCAACCUGGUCAUUCUUACUGGCAUUUAGUCAGCUUGUGUAGCAGCACACAGCCUUGCUUUCUUCUGUUGCACAACAGGCCUGUGAAGUAGAAGUUCAUCAUGAGCAGGCACAGGAGCGAGCUGAUGCCAGUGACCAUUCCUUGAAUUGUGGAAAGCCCUUGGCUCACACGGCUAUGGCAGCCAAGAAUCCACAUGGCACAAAACAGGGACAUAGCUAUUGGAUGAGGGAUGCAGCACCAAGAAGUCCUGCCCCACGGGACUAGUGGUUUGGGUGCAACCAGAAGAUGAAAUACACUUUUGUGAGAAGGAAUGAAUCUUCAAGAGAAACCUACACUACUUGGAUAUUUCAUUUUUCCCCAUUCAGAUUUUCAGCUGAUGUUAAUAGAGACUUUGAGUUAAAAAGCUGGUCUUGGCUGUAGAUGUCCUGGUGACAAUCAGAGCAAAAUGUGAUUCAUGUGAAGAAACUGUUACAGCAGCUUCACUUCCCUGGGGUAAAAGCAAAGCAGAGAAACUGAAAGCUUGCUUUGGAUCCUGGCUUCAGCUGGUCUGAAUUGACCUGGUGCCUUUUGCAUGGUUGAAGAUCAGAUGUUAAAUGGGUUGAAUCCUUGAGUGGCUGCAUGGGGACCCGUUUAAGACUGGGUUUCCUUGCUGGAGCAGUUAAGUGCCACUUUUGUGGAAAAUGUGCUUCUCAUAAGGAAACAGAACAGAUGAGAAGAUGUCUGGGGCAGGCCAUCUCUUGGGCCAUAGAGAAAUGAAUGACAGAAAAGUCCUGCUAUGCCUGUGACGACAAUACGCUGGAAAGAGAAUAGCUUCUGAGUCGACAAAAGAAACCAGGUUUUCUCUAAGAACAGAGAGACAGCUUAAUGGGACGCUCACCGCAUGAAAGCUGAUCAACGUUAAAACAUGAGUUAAAAUUAGUUUCAGGAAUGGUUCCUGCCCCUGGGGCUUGCUGUCAGAUAUUGUGGUUUUACAGUCUCAUUUUCCUAGUUUAUUAAAAUGUUUAGCUGCUUGGGAAAAUGAGAAACAAUCUCAUGUGAAACUUUUCAGGGGGCUGUCUUCUUUUAUUCUCUUUCUCUUGGUGUAACAAAGAUUUUGGAAAGGUUCCACUGGGUCUAUUAAAUUUGUAUUUUCUUCUUUUUAAUUUUUUUUAAUAUCUCUACCUUUCUCUAGCUCACACUUACUUUUCUCAUUGCAGGGAAAAAAAAAAGAAACCUCUCCCAAGAACGAAAAGGAAUGGAGACAUGGUCUUUAUAUUUUACUGGGAAAAAUGGGGUCAAAGUCAAGGGUGUUGGCAUGACCCUGCUGUUGUACAACAUUAAGUGUAGUUCAAGGUUUCAAGUACAGACACCUCUGCCUGCCCAACACCAUAGCAACCAACACUAUUAAUGAUGUUUAAGCUGUGUACUGAAAAUUCAGAAAAAGGAGAAGGAGGGGGAAAAAAAGCAGUUACAGUAUUUGAAAUGUAAAAUAUUAAGUAAGGCUUUCAUGUUAACAAUAUCUUUUCUUCACUUUCCCCUUAGCGUCAAGAAUUUUUAUAAGAAAAGUCCUAUUUGACAGUGCAAAAAAAAUGCUAAUGACUAUCCUUUCUUUAGGGGAAAAGAAGUUAGUUGAAAUAGGUGGUAAAAUGCAGUUGUUGCUCAAGAUUUGAAGGGGAGAGAGAAGAAUAGCAACAGUAGACAAUGGUUCUGUCUCUGGUGCCAACUCCUCUUAACAGCUCUGCUGCCAAAGAAAAACAGAUUCCUGAGCCACUGUGGGAUUUGCCCAACUUGUACCCAGAUUGCAGCCUUCAGCUCUCUCCCCAGGCUUCUUACUAAGGAAGCAGCCUUCAAAAGGUGAGCAGUUUAUCAAACAGAAGUCAAAGGAUGAGAAAUGGGAACAGGAAGAAAGGAGAUGGGAAGGAGAGAAACCAUCAAGCAAGGCCUUGGAGGAGUAUGGUAGUUUUAGCAGUGCAUUGAAAGUGCUGUUUGGGGGCUGCCCAGCAAGAGCAGGAAAGGGGGUGUUGCCUGGCCCCCCAGGUCUGGAUUUUUUUUUGUGAUCAGGGCAAGUGCAGCUCACCAAUGCCACUGAGGAUGCCAGCCUGUGAGACAGAGUCCACCUUGGAAGAGGAGAGAUCAGUUUUGCUGGCCCUGAACCUCUUCUUUUUUUUAAACACUCCAGAUAAGUCAGUGGCUUUUCAUCAGUGUUACAGUCACUUGCUUACAACAGAUUUAGCUUCUCAAUUUACUUCUUCCGCCCUUGCUUACAAUGCAGGCUUUUCAGAUAGUCCAGAGUGAGAUCAGCAACUCUUUUGAUUAAUUUGUUAAAUUUCUUUUGUCUUCAAUCUCUGAAAAACCCGACUUGACAGCUGGCUCUAUACACUUCUGGGAUGGAUGGAAAGCUGAAGGAGGGUGGGUGACUGCUCCGUUCAGUAAGUGCAUGGUCACAGGGAAGCAUGGACCAUCCUUACGUUUUUCCUUGAGGAACCUGCUAGCAGUUGGUGCCUGAGAUGGAAUCUCAGACUAACUGGAACUUUCUCCUCUGCCAAAUAGUGCUCAUCAUGUGGCUCCACUGAAAAGAAUGCAAAGGUUGCCAUAGACAUAAGCAAGGCCAGGAAGAAGAGCAGCAUCAUAAAUGUUAAAGUAACAGUGCCUGUUCUCACCAGCUGCUGCAGGAUUUUUUUCCUGUAGAAUUUCUGCCUAAAUACCUGGGAUGCUAAAGGAGUGCAGAACUGAGCUGUUGUUGCUCAGAUGACAUUGCCUUUUAAGGCUGUUCCUUGACAGCCUGAGGUUUUUUUUCCCUUCCCGUUUCAUCCAGCUUGAACUCCAAGAAAGCUGGGAACUUACCUUUCUCCCUGUUUGAACUGUAAGUGAUUAAUUACAGACCCCAAGAAUGGGUUCCUUGCCUAUCUCUCGUGUUUAAAUUGCCUUCCAGGAUUUUGUGAGGCUAAGGAGCCUCUUCCGAUUUUACAGCUGACUGUGCCUUGGUUAAGUCUCUCGGUUUUCUUGGGAGCUGCAUCUGAUCCAUAAUGAACUUUAGGAACAAAUUAAACAGGAUUUGCUGGCCCUGACUCUUCUGCCACUGCCUGAAAACAAGACAGUGUUGAUUUUAGCAGUGUAGGAAGAUGAAGUGUGAUGAAACAGAGUGUUUGGAUGGGGAGAGAUGCUGCUAUUCUGAAACCCUGCUCUCCCCAUCCCACCCCAGAAGUGGGGCACAGAGAGAGCCCGCAGCUGGUGCCUUUGGCCACGUUGUAUCAGACAGAGGAUAAGCCGUGGAAUAUCCAGCAAUUGCACUGGCAAAGAAUCCAGAAGCCCUGGUUCUGAGCCAAGGCAAGCCUGUACUUCGUGCUGGACAGGGUGCCUACUCUGAAUUACUUAUAAGCAGGGACAGGGUGAGGAAAGAGGAGAGGGCUUACAGGAUCGAUUAGGCAGUAUUGUUAUGUCUAAGCAAGGAGAAGAUGAUGCUUUUUGGGCCGGGGAGGGGCAGAGUUCAGGAGCAGAGUUUCCACCCAGAAAUACCAUGAAGAUCUGAAAGAUUUUUGGUAUAAGCACAUGUGAAGGGAGAGGUGAGGGAUGAAGCAAGUGGUUUGGAUAAGAGAAAGAACCAGAGAAAAAAAAUCUACAUUCUCUUAAUGGCUGUGCUGGCAAAUAAUAAUUGGUACUGGUGACCAGUACCAUCGGGCUUAGGGUUCAAAAAAAAAGAGGGGAAAGACAGAAGGAAAAACAUAAGGACUGCUUCCCCUCUCCACACACUCGUUACUGGCUGGUGCUUUCUCACUCAUGGCCCUCCCAGUAGCAUAGGAGGAGAUAUGGGGCUGGCAAAGAGCAUCAGCUUCUACUCUGUGCUACGUCUUCUGCCUGAGCAUACCCCACAUAACUCAGCUUCCGUGAGCACUGGGAGAAGGAGCAGGCUGGGACAAUGAGCAGGAUGGAUGUGCUGACAAGCGUCUGCCCCUUCCACACUGCCCCACCUUUCCCACAUCACCAUCAGUUUUGGCUGGAGUGAGGCUGACUGUAGAGGCUGGCAAAGCUCUCUGCUUGCCACGGUGUUUUUUCUACAGGGGAGAAGCACCUCUCUGGUCUCUCUGACUUGUUUCUCAUGGUGUGGGGUGCUGACAGAGUCUUGGUGCAGCUGGUAGGGAGAGCAGCUCCCCCCACACCCUCUUCUUUCUCCCUGGCAUUCAGCUGUAUUGGACGGUGUCUGUUUUUAGCAAAAGUCGCAGAUUCAACAGCUGAGCUGAUUUUCCAAAGGGACAUAUAAAACAAACAGCCUGCCAUCUGCUCUAUUGUCCUGGAAUAGCGGCUUGGAGAGUGGGGGAGAGGGAAGGAGGGGAAUGAGAGGAAUGAGAAGGGGACUGGGGGGGAGA